AUGAAAUUGAAAGUUAUUCUCGAGCAUUGUAGUGCACGCAAGACCAACAGGUUUAAGCCUUACAAAGAGUGGGUGAGACCUCACCUUGCCCAGUGGGCACCACAGACCGACGGUUUGGGUGUUCCGAAAUUGUAUCCUAGAGCGGAAGAAUGGCACGUAACUACUGCAGAGAAAAAGACGACAAUUUCAAAUAACUACGAGAGAAUCUCAGCGCUUUCCCUGCCUAGUUCAUCCAUUUCUAUUGAGAAACUAAAAACAACCCUCCAGAGCAACGAAAACGCAACGGAGAUUGACACGCCGGCUGAAACACAUAGCUCUGUGGGAGCUUCAAACGGAGACACGACACAAUUGGCACUCUACGGUGACCACAAAUACUCCCUAAAGGAGAACUUCAAUAGAGAUGCCCAAGUCAGCACCGUGACAGGUUUCCAAGUAGAGAAGACAUCUAAAGAGGAGCAUGCAGCAUUGAAUAAUGACGAACCGUCUUGGUGGCUACCCUCAGAUACCCUGGACUUCUUGUUCACCCACUCAGAAGCCGAUGAGUUCGGUCGAAAAUACAGGACAUGGUCAGAACUGGAAACUUCAGAGGGCAAUGACAAUAAUACCCCUGUCAGAGAUUGCUACAUCCCAACAGACCAAGCUUUGUGGUACGCACAGAACGUCCUGGCUACAGGCCGAGACAUGGUGUUUCGACCUCUUGUUAGCGAAUGGCAGGAACAAAUGGAGGAAUGGUCUCACAUGACACGGUUGAUAAACGAAUGUGAAUCACAGAGGCUUGUACCAACAUUGCAGUUUCCCACACACGUGUGUGAAUGGUUGGCCAGAGUCGAUUUCAAACACGAAAGUGUGAGACAGAAGAUCGAUUAUACGAAACCCAAGCCAAAAAGUCUACGGGAGAAGCCGGGCUUCUGCGCACGACACACGCCCUAUGUGAGAAAAACCCGUAACCACAGAGAAGCUCUCGCCAAGGCCGGUCGAAUGGACCUCAACCGAGUGCAGUUUAUUGAUAAUUUCUAGCUUGAUUUGCUUUCCCAAGGAAUUUCAAAAUAUUUCCGCGACAUUAACAAACUUUGGAACAGCCUCUCGGUCUGAUGAAAACUUCAUGUACAUUCAAAAUUGAGCAUUAUUUAUGAAUUUUUUAUUACAAUAUAAUACAAAG